AUGUCAAUGCUGGAGGGGGAAACUCUGAAGGCCUACUCAGAUAGAUACUGGGUGAUGUUUAAUGAAAUAGACGGAGACUAUGACGAUGUGGCCAUUAGUACUUUCAAGGCUGGCCUCCUAGCCGAGCAUGACCUAAGGAAGUCUCUGAUUGGUAAGCUUGUUACCAGUGUGUGCCAAUUUAUAGAUCGGAUUGAUAAGUACAGAAGGGUAGAGGAAGACCAAAUACAGGGGAAAGGAAAGGCUAAGACAGGAUCUGCCAACACCCAGGUGGUUAAUGUCGUGUUCCGAGAACCAGUACAACAAGUUCUGGAGAAGAUUAAAAACGAGCAGUUCUUUAAAUGGCCGAACAAAAUGGCAGGAGAUCUUAUGAGGCGCAACCAAAACCUUUACUGCCAAUAUCAUCAAGAUCAUGGACACACUACCGAGGAUUGCAGAAACUUGUGGGACCAUCUGGACCAACUAGUCCGGGAAGGGAAAUUGAAGCAACUCUUGUAUCAUUCUAGUGGUCGGGGAAGCCAAACGGGUUCGGAGUUUCGGGGAGAUGCUUUUUCAAGACUCCCUCUUGGCACAAUAAAUGUCAUUUUUGCUGCCCCGGGGAGGACCGGAUCUUGUCCUUCCAGAGUAAGGUCAGUAUCUCGUUACCUAGUUGAGGAAUCCAGCUCAAUGCCUAAGAAAGUCAAGAUGGGCAUCCCACUAGUGUUAGGUUUUUCAAAUGAGGAAAAACUUGGAAUCAUACAGCCCCAUGAUGAUGCUUUAGUGGUUACACUUAGAAUUGGAGGGUGUGAUGUGAAAAAGGUGAUGAUUGACCAAGGCAGCGGAGCUGAGAUAAUGUACCUUGACUUAUAUAAGGGGCUAAAUUUGAAACCUAAAAACUUGACAGCUUACAGUUCUCCUCUGGUGAGUUUUGAAGGUAAAAUGGUCGUUCCGAAAGGUCAGAUCAAAUUACCUGUGCAGACCGGCCCGGAUGUGGUGGAAGUGGACUUUAUUGUUGUAGAUACUUUCUCUCCUUACACGGCUAUUAUAGGCAGACCUUGGCUUCAUACCCUAGGGGCCGUCUCCUCUACUCUUCACCAGAAGAUGAAGUACCCAUCCGGAGGUCAAGUUUUGGAGAUAGUAGGAAAUCAGUCUACAGCCAGACAAUGCCUGGUAGCAGCCAUCCAACAUCGACCUGAGGUUGAAUCUCGGCCACCGUUGAUAAUGGCUUAUAGCAAUCAGAAACUCCGGCAUUGCCCAUCAAUGGACUAG